AGAAGGAUAGGUGGGGGGAAUCCGUUGAUUCCUUCCUUGCAGCAGUCCGGCGAGGGAAUUCUAAAAAAAAAAAAGGUCCGGCGAGGAGAGAGGGGGCGAGAUGGGGUCGGUGGUGCUGCCGACGCUGCGGCGGAAGCGGGAGGUCGACACCGCCAUCCGCGACACCCUCGACAAGGUCCUCGUCCUCCGAUUCGGCCGCGCCUCCGACGCCGCCUGCCUCCAACUCGACGACGUCCUCGCAAAAGCUUCUUGGGACAUAUCCAAAUUUGCAACGGUAGCAUUAGUUGACAUGGAUUCUGAGGAGAUUCAAGUGUAUGUUGACUAUUUUGAUAUCACGUUGGUCCCAGCAAUCAUUUUUUUCUUCAACGCUCAUCACAUGAAAAUGGAUUCAGGGACACCUGAUCACACAAAAUGGAUAGGCUCUUUCAGCAGCAAGCAAGACUUCAUUGAUGUUGUUGAGGCAGUAUUCAGGGGCGCGAUGAAAGGCAAACUGAUAGUGUCUUGCCCACUUCCACCAGAGAGGAUACCCAGAUUCCAGCUUCUUUUCAAGGAUGUCUAAUCACAAGAAGCACACAUUCUCAACAUAUGUAACAGUCUUUUAGAUAAUGGAAGUGUUUCAUCCCCCAUCCUCUGCAUACAUAUCCAGGCAACCAGACCUAAAGAAUAAGCUGUUCAUGGCGGAUAUGGAGAUGUGCUUGCAUGAGCUUGGUGAUGAACAAUCAAGAGUUGGCCUUUGCACUGGUUUGCAUCAACUAUGUUCCUCUAUGUUAUCAUAGCAUAACACUACAGCAAUUGGUGUCUUGCCCUCUCUAGUCUGUGCAGUUAAGUAGGUGCACAUCUGUUAGUUUGGUACAAGUCUGGUUAUAUUUUGUUUGUGAUACAAUCAAUUGUUAAAAUUGACAUUUGCAUGACA